UCCCGAAUUUCUCCCGAUUUCCACCCGGACAACAUUAUUGGGGGCGUGCCUUAAAGGCACUGCCUUCAACGUCCUCUACAACCUGUCGUCUCAUCCGCUUUCCCUCCAUACAAACAGCGUGCCGGCCCAGUCACAUAACAUACGUGGCCUUUACACACACACAAGUGAAUGCAAGCCAUACUUGGUCAACAGCCAUACAGGUCACACUGAGGGUGGACGUAUAAAGAACUUUAAAACUGUUACAAAUUUGCGCCACACUGUGAAGAAUGACAAACACAUUUUGGGAGAACAUCCGCACCGUAACACAACAUAAACGCAACAGAACAAAUACCCAGAACCCCUUGCAGCACUAACUCUUCCGGGACGCUACAAUAUACACCACCAAACCCCGGCCCCGCCCACCAAGUUAAUGUUGAUAUUUACCUCAGAAGGCUGCAAAUAGAAAAGAGGCAUUGCAUUUUUUAUUUAAUUUUUAUUUAAUAUACCAUUGAUGUUUUUUCGUUUGUUUUUUGAAAGUUGAUUUUGCACUAUUAAGUUAUAUAAGCGUUGCUUGUUCCAUAUUCAGUGUUAAAGCACAUUUUCAUGCACUUUCUCUUGCUACUUCAAGGCUUGAAUGUUUGAUUCAUUCAUUAUUGUUAUUUUAUUUUCAAAUGUAUUAGCCUGUGGAAAAAGUUUAUUUAGAUAUUUACCUCAGAAGGCUGCAAAUAGAAAAGAGGCAUUCCAUUUUUAUUUAAAUUUUAUUUGAUAUGCCAUUGAUAUUUUUUAAUUAUUAUUAUUAUUAUUUAAAACUCUAUUUUGCAUGUCACUAUAAAGUUAUAUAAGCUUUGCUUGUUCAAUAUUCCAUGCAAAACUUGUUUGGGUCCCUAUUAAAAGGUUAAUUUGUUCAGUUUUAAAUUUUGGCCCCCUCUGUAUUUGAGUUUGACACCCCUGUUGUAUAUGGAAAAAAACAAUAUUUGGUUUAACAAAAGCUCACUUUUAUUUUAUAAGAAAAAAAUUCAAUAAAAUAAACAAAUAAAUAUUGACUGUUGUUACCCACCUAAAAAAAUUAAAUAAAUAAAAAAUAAUAUUGACUGUUGUUACCCAAAGUAUAUUAAGUGGGAUUUUUCAGAAAAACAAAUAUACACAGUAACACAAAAACAACCUGUCUCUGUGAUCACUAUAAGUCUAUAAAUAAUAAUAUAGUGUUAAAUAAAAUCAAUCCCUUUGGCAAAAAACUGAAAAUAAUACAGCUCUCCAAAAAGUGCACUUCUGCAGCUAUUGGAACAUACUAACUACACACACUAAGAACGCCACAGUCAUCAAUCAACAAUUCUACAGUCCUGGUUGACACAAGAGGUAACCUUAUUUUAGCCUAAAGGCUACAAAUGAGCAGAUAUGGAAAUUAACCGGCAACAUUUAACGUUAGUUACUCACCGGCACUAUCACUUGGGACUGCAGGUUGAAGCAGAGGAAGAGGGGCGUGCUUCGUCAUCUCUGUCGCUACUUCUCCACGUGUCGAAGACACGACACGGUUCUCGAACGUUCAGGUUAUGUGCGGCCUGAACAUGUUUCAACAUGUUUGUUGUACUGCUCCCCUCACAUGAGCGCGAAGCCUGGCAAUAAUUGCAUAUUGCCGUUUCCUCGUCGUAUUUUUUUGUCAAACGAAGCCAUGCCUUGAGGCGUUUUUUCCUGUCCAUUAUUUUUGCUGCUUUCUGUAUCUGCCGCCGAAUGACUGAGCUACGUCAUUUCCUGUGAUGUCCCACAGGGCGUUUCCUGUGGGACGGGAUUCGUUCCCAGGGAUUCGAAUAAAGAACCAACUCUUUUUCUUUACUAUAGUGGCCUCGAUAACGGGAACCGGUUCUCAAAAAGGGAUUUGAGUCCAUGGAAUCGGUUCUUUUCUUAUCGAACAACCAGGAGAACCGGUUUCGAACAUCAUCCCUAGGUAGGACACAUACUGUACUAUUGCAUGGCUUUUUGUAUCUUCCGGCACAUACAUGAUAGCACUUAGCCAGGGCGCUAGUAACGCACACGUAGAUUUAUAAUAAAUUGGGCUCUCCGCUCGACUAAAGCGGUUUCCUACCGCUCCCCCCACCCCCUGCUACCCUUCCCAAGUAAAGUGUGUUGUGACUCCAACGGCUGUGAGAUUACUGCCAUCCAUCACCGGGCCACUUGCUCCGACACGCCGCCCCCUCCGCCAGACCUCGGAGACCGCUGACCUUACUGCUCCGCACGUGCCGAAAUGAAAUUGUAGGGCAGGUCAGGAUGAGUCUCCAGUGGACGGCCGUGGCCUGCUUCCUCUAUGCAGAGAUAGCCGUCGACCUCAUCUUGUGCGUCCCCUUCAUAUCGGCACCGAGAUGGCGCCUGGUUUUCAGCUGGAGAAUAUGGAAGUGGUUGUCCCCUUACUGGAGCAAGUGCUUCUUCACCAUGGUUAUGGUCCUCCUUGUUCUUUUCCUCGAUGCAGCUCGUGAGGUGCACAAGUACUCCAGUCCCGAGUCCAUGCAUGAGGCCCAGGUGAACGCCAAUCUCUUGGACCACCUUCACCUGAAGCUGUUCCGAGCUCAGAGGAACCUCUACAUCUCUGGCUUCUCUCUCUUCCUGUGGCUUGUCACGCGGCGAGUCGUCACCGUGCUGAAGCAGAUGGCCGUCACCGUGGAGGACAACGCGGGUCUUCAGGCACAGACAGAGAGCGUCGCCCGAGCGGCCAAUCGUCAUCAAGAAGACAACCGCGCGCUCAAACAAGCUCUUCUGGCUGAGGAACAGGCCAUUGCGGAGGAAAACCAUCAACUGCAGCUGGAGACUAAGAGCCUGUCCAGGCAGUUAAAGAUGGCAAAGGAGGCUGUGCACAAGUCCCACGCUGAGGUAGACACCAUGAGGAGGCAGACACAAGGGAUGGAAAAGGAGUACGAGCGACUACUGAAGGAGCAUCACGGGCUGCAGAAUCUGAGUGACGCAGACAAAAAGGUUCAAUAAUAAAGAAUGGAACAUAUUGAUUGUGGAUGAUUGUAACAUAUUGAUAUCAAUGACCUCAUGUCGAUGGGCAGAAGGAGCCAGAGCCCCUGUUUAUAUAUCCUGUAGGAGGUUUUCAUUGUCUUGUCAAUCAAACUUUUCAUCAUGCAAUAGUAAGAUAUAUAAAUAAUAC